AUGGACUUUGCAACCGCGGUGGCCCUGGCAGAGGGCUUCCUCCUGAGUCAAGCCGAGGAGAAGAGGCAGGCAGAACAGAGGUGUGAUCCAUCCGUGAAGAUGAAAAGGAAGUUCUCCGAGAGGGAAAGAGCUCCGCUGGAGGAAGGGCAGCCUGUCCAUGACCAGGAAGGUGCCCAAAAUGCCCUCUCACGCGGCAGUGAAGAGAGAGUGUUGAUCCCUUCUCUUUGUGGAGGUGUGAAAACAGCUGCUGCACCUCCGGCCCAGGUGGCCGUGUAUUUCGGAGAGGCAGAAUGGGCUUUACUGAAUCCAGACCAAAGAGCUCUAUACGAGGACGUCAUGCUGGACAACUACGAGAGUGUGGCUUCUUUGGCAGAAGUAGUAGAGGAACUUGAUGAAGGAUUCCAGGGAUUCUCUGUGGAAAAAGCCAAGGAUCAAGAUUCCAGAAGAAAAUUUGAGACUGGAGACAGGCCACAGAGUCAGGAGGGAGGCUAUAGAGACCAGAGAAGGGAUAACCCUAUUCUGUCCCAAGGAGGAGGCUUUUGUGAAGUCCCAGUCCACAAAGCAACAGAAAAAAAUGAGGGCAUCUAUGUUAACCAGAGAAUCCUUUCCAGGCAAAAUGAACAUGAAAACAUGGCCUUUAGAAAGACCUUCAGUAAGAACGUCAGUGUUAUUUCCGAGAGGCAAAUUCCACCUGGAGAGAAACUGUACGAUUGCAUUAAGUGCGGAAAGAGCUACAGUCGGAAAUCAGCCCUUUCUUCACAUCUAAGAAUUCACACAGCAAGAGAUGAGCAGUUGUCUGAGGAAAAUAAGCAAGCGCAUGAGCUAUUGCCAGAGAAAGAGAAGAAUGGCAAACCAGAAAAGCAGACAGGAAGUCACAUGGCUGAGAAGAGGGAUGAAUCCAUUCCUGGCCGAGGACAGGAUUGCCAAGAAGUAAUCCACACAGUAGAGGAAACAUAUCAGUGCCUGGAGUGUAGAAUGAACUUCUCAGAUCACAGUCAGUAUGAAAUCCAUUUGCAAACACACAGUGGAAAGAAGACACAUCAAUGUUUGGACACAACUGAGAGACCAUUUGAAUGGUCAGAGUGUGGAAAGAGAUUCAGUCAGACAAGCAAUCUUCAAAAGCAUCAAAGAACUCACACAAAUGAGAAACCUUUUGAAUGCUCAGAGUGUGGGAAGAGAUUCAGUCAGAGUGGCCAUCUUCAGCAGCAUCAAAGAACUCACACAGGGGAGAAACCUUUUGAAUGCUUAGAGUGUGGAAAGACAUUCGGAUAUAGUGGCAAUCUUCAACAGCAUCAAAGAACUCACACAAAAGAGAGACCUUUUGAAUGCUCAGAAUGUGGAAAGACAUUCAGUCAUAGUUGCAAUCUUAAACAGCAUCAAAGAAUUCACACAAAGGAGAGACCUUUUGAAUGUUUAGAGUGUGGAAAGACAUUCAGUCAGAGUAGCCAUCUUCAAGAGCAUCAAAGAACUCACACAAAGGAGAGACCUUUUGAAUGCUCGGAGUGUGGAAAGAGAUUCAGUCAUAGUUCCUCACUUAAACAGCAUCAAAUAACUCACACAAAUGAGAGACCUUUUGAAUGCAUAGAGUGUGGAAAGAGAUUCAGUCAUAGUGGCUAUCUUCAAAAGCAUCUAAGAACUCACACAAAUGAGAGGUCUUUUGUAUGCCUAGAGUGUGGAAAGAGAUUCAGUCAGAGCAGCGGACUUCAACGGGACUUAAAGAAUUAG